CAAUAGUCCGCACUUCCAACACAAGAGACUCGGCGUUUUCAACGCCAAUCUUAACUGCAUUUCUGCUAAGGCUAAGGAAACUAACACCUAGAAGUGACAGUUUCCAUGGCAACAACCACACAGGCAACAUGGACGUCCUACGCUGGAGCUGUCAAGACGUUGCAACUUGGAUUGAGUCCAUAGGAUAUCCACAGUACAAAGCGUGUUUCACGGAAAACUUCAUCACAGGACGGAAGCUCAUCUAUGUGAACUGUGUCUACCUUCCAAGACUUGGGAUCACCGAUUUUAAGGAUAUGCAGGUCAUCUCUGCUCAUGUGCGGGAGCUCCUGGGCAUCACAGAGCCCCUGUGGAGUCGCAGCAUUGCUGACCCUCCCCGGGACAGCAUGGGGCUGUUCCUGGAAAAAAAGAGCCAGACGGGUGAAAGGGCAGACAGCCUCACCUACCAACGGUUCCUUGAAGACAAGCCUCAGUGAAAACCCAAAUGUCAAUCACAACAUUAAAAGAGCACAGGAAAAUCAAGGCAUGUCAGUGGUACAUCUUGGGAUGGACUGUUAACUUGUGAUAACGGACAUUAGACAACAAUAUCUCACAUGCAGGGCUUGAAAUUAGCACUCGCCACCAAUCAAAUGCUAGUGAAUUUGGGUGGUUUCUUGUAAAACUCUACUGUUUUUGCAUGGAGUCAACCUGAGCAUUUUCUAUUUUAGUAUGAAAGUUACUGAAGUUGUUUGUCUUAGCCCUACCGGCGACCUGUCCAUGGUGUCUCCCUGCAUUUUGCUCGGUGCAUGCUGGGAUAUAAACUCCAUCCCCACCACCCUGAUUAGGAAUAAGCAGGUAUAAAGAUAGAUGGAUGGACUAAUGGAAAUGACUUCCUCGAAAUGGAAUUGGUAAGUCAAUAUUUGAGUGUACUACCUACUGUGGGCAGCUGACUGAAAUGUUAGUUUCAUACCACAUGGGCCCAUGAAGAGACUGAGACUUUGCAUGUGGAUACGAUCACCAGUCCUGCUGUAACAAGGACCGACCCCACUACCAUGUCACAGUCACACAUACAGUAUGAAGUCAAAAUAUGUUUUUGGACACUUAAAAGUGAAAAACCGUUUGAUUGCUCUUGCCAUUCCAGUUUUGGAUGACGAUGAAUGCUUAAACUACUAACUCUCAGGCUAUUCCUAUUGAUUUGAAGUGCAUCUGUUGUAACUGGAUGGAGCUAUUGAUCUCAAGUAGAGCUCCUCAGGGUAAUUCUCUGGAUGACAACAAACACCUAUUUUGAAGUGCCAAGAGACCCCGGAUCAGCACAGGCCAUUGUUCUUGGGAAUAAAUCCUCUGAGUCUGCAAGCACCCCCCUCCAAAAAGACCAGUGUGCUGCUGUAAUAGACCUAUGCAUCUGUGCCUUGCCAACUUACUAAAGGCCAUGUGACCCUGUGCAUCUGAUAGUUAUGGGUCUGGUGCCAGCCAGACCCACAGGGAGCCAGUGUCUUCAAUUUAAGCCAAGUCAACACUUUCUUGCCAACAACCUAUGUAAUACAUGCUGAAAUAUAGAACCGCACUAUGACAUCCAAGCUUGUAAAACACUGCUGUUUGAUUUACGAGAAACUGUAGGUAGACCAGGCCUAAUGUAAAUAAUCGUCACAUCAAAUGUUUUACCCAGAGGAAUAUCAAUGUGAUUUCUAAUGUCACAAUCAUAUGAGUUUAGACAUACACCUGAUAUUUGUUUCAU